UGCGGGCUGGGUCGUUCGGGGUGCGCCAUGAAGGAGAUUUGCGGGAAUUCCAGGCUACAGAACCAGCCGCAAAGAAGUUAUGGAGUUACAUCUCCAAUUAGCUUGGCUGCUCCGAAGGACUUAGAUUGUGUUCACACACAGAAAUUAACUGAAGUACUAAAACCAUUUGGGGUGUUUGAAGAUCAAGAAGAGUUGAUUCACAGGCUGGUUGUUCUCGAUAAACUGAAUAAAUUGGUCAAAGAAUGGAUUGUGGAACUCGGUGAGAGCAAGAAUCUUUCUCCUUCAGACUUAGAAGAAGUUGGUGGCAAAAUAUUUACUUUUGGCUCUUACAGGCUUGGAGUGCAUACUAAAGGUGCAGACAUAGAUGCUGUUUGUGUUGCUCCGGAACAUGUGGAAAGAUCAGAUUUUUUUAAGUCGUUCUUUGUCAAACUGAAACAUGAGAAUCAGAUAAAAAAUCUAAGGGCAGUGGAAGAUGCAUACGUGCCUGUUGUGAAGUUUGAAUUUGAUGGCAUUGAGAUCGAUCUUGUGUUUGCAAGACUGUUGAUGCCAACUGUUUCAGCUAAUCUUGACCUUAGAGUCGACUCAUGUCUGAGAAACCUAGACAUAAGAUGUAUACGGAGUUUAAAUGGUUGCAGAGUUACUGAUGAAAUCUUACGUCUAGUACCAAACAGAGAGAACUUCCGGCUUGCACUUCGUGCAAUUAAGCUGUGGGCAAAACAACGUGGCAUUUACUCCAACGUGUUAGGAUUUCUUGGUGGGGUUUCAUGGGCCAUAUUGGUAGCGAGAACAUGCCAGUUAUAUCCAAACGCUCUGGCUUCUGUACUCAUUAACAAGUUCUUCAUGAUUUUUUCAAAAUGGGAUUGGCCAAAUCCCGUGUUGCUGAAACAACCUGGAGAGAGUGAUCUUAACUUACCAGUAUGGGACCCUAGGGUGAACCCGUCUGAUCGAUGCCACGUAAUGCCUAUCAUCACCCCAGCUUAUCCCCACCAAAACUCCACGUACAACGUCUCUGUGUCAACACGAGCAGUGAUGGUGGAAGAAUUCAAACAUGGCCUUGAAGUUACAAAUGAGAUUCUUCGAGGAAAAUCAGACUGGUCAAAGCUCUUUGAACCACUGAACUUCUUUCAGAAGUACAACCAUUAUAUUGUGCUGAUGGCUAGUGCCUCUACUGAAGAGCAGCACUUAGAGUGGGUUGGCCUUGUUGAGUCUAAAAUUCGUGUGCUGGUUGCAAACUUUGAGAGGAAUGAGUUUAUAACUAUUGCCCAUGUAAAGCCAGAGUCCUUCCCUGGCAACAAGGAAUUCCAUAAACGGAGCAGAUAUGUGUCAAUGUGGUUUCUUGGACUCAGGUUUAAGAAAUUGGAAAAUGCAGAACGUCUUAAUGUCGAUUUAACGUAUGAUAUACACUUGUUCCAAGAUGCAGUUUACAGACAGGCCACCAACGUCAACAUUCUAAAGGAAGGUAUGACAAUUGAGGUGGAUCAUGUGAAGAGAAAGCAUCUCCACUAUUUUUUGCCUGCAGAAAUCUUACAGAAAAGAAAGAAGCGAAGCAUGCCAGAUCCUAGUCAAAAUCCUAGUGGACUUCAGUGCAAAAGGACUUCUUCAGAUGGAACCUGUUCGGACAGUUCCAGAGACAGGGGCUCCAGAACACCAUACAGUUCCUCUUUGUUAAAUAAGAUGUCUAAAUUGGACAGAUCUACAGCAGAGAGAGAAAGAAAUGCUGUAUACCAGAGAUCUAAUGCUGCUAAUAGAGAGAGGAUUCCUCAUGUAGAUGUGCCAUCAGUGCCUAAGGAACUCUCCAUUCCUGUUGGUGAUUCCAAAAUGGAGGCUACAGCUGCAAUGAGAAAUUUGGGAUCUCCAACUGGUUGCACCAUUCCAGGACAUAACACAGUUUCUCAACCUAGAGCGCGUUCUGUCCAAAGACAGUGUGAAUUGAGCAGGAUCAAAAUUACGGAUCCUAAGAAUGCUGCACGUAAAGUACAGUAUUCAUUGACCUCUAAAGGAUCUCCUUCGUGUACAUCAGAAGAAAGCCCCCCCAAAAAAGUAGACAGAGAAAAGUUAACUAGCCAGGAUUCAGCAUUCAAAGAUGGUGGCAAACCAGAAGAGGUCAGAAGCAGACCUACAGGAAAUGGUGUUCUUGGAGGAAGUUCCAUGCUGAUUCCAGUUAUGAACACAUCAAGAUCAGAGAGGUUUUCCUGUAAAGAACUACCAGAUUCUUCAUCUCCUGUUCCAACAAAUAGUGUUCAUAUUAUGAAAGGAUCCAUCAAACUUACUCUUAAUAAUAGAUAACCAGUAUCUCUUCAGGGUUUUAAGAAGUUUAGGAAGAAUUUAGGUUACUAGUUUCUCGGACUUGAUCCAGCAUAGGUGAGAUGACGCACUUUAUCUUAACAUACCUUGACUCAAUGCUUGGCCCAGUGCAGAGUGACAUCACUGUUCUGGAGUUUCCCUGGAUGCUAUAGAAGUUCAAUACUGCCUCAGGACUACAUAGAUUAGAUGUUAGUUGUUUUAAAUAAAGCUCAGACUGCAACAGUUCAACUUAAAUGUUGUCCUUUGUUUAUGGAGUAAGUACUCUGUUGAAGUGAUUGAAAGCUAAGUUACUCAUGCAUAAACAUGAGGGAGGGAGGCUCUUUGAUAUCGGCUUCCUGCAAACU